GUACUAUCGUGAGGUCCUUCCUGGAGAGAUUGUGAAAAUAUCCAGAUAUGAUGUCCAAACACUGGAUGUUGUACCAAGACCUGAAGGAGAUCCAUCAGCAUUCUGCAUCUUUGAAUAUGUUUAUUUUGCAAGACCAGACAGUAUUUUUGAAGGUCAGAUGGUGUAUUCCGUCAGGAGAAGAUGCGGGCAGCAGCUUGCCAUUGAAGCACCCGUGGAAGCAGACCUGGUCAGCACUGUUCCAGAGUCUGCAACCCCAGCAGCUCUUGGUUAUGCUCAAAAGUGUGGUCUACCAUAUGUUGAAGUACUCUGUAAAAACCGAUAUGUAGGAAGAACAUUUAUCCAGCCAAAUAUGAGGUUACGGCAGCUUGGUGUUGCAAAGAAGUUUGGCGUUCUGUCUGAUAAUUUUAAAGGCAAGCGAGUUGUUAUCAUCGAUGAUUCAAUCGUGAGGGGCAAUACCAUUUCACCCAUAAUAAAACUACUGAGAGAAUCAGGUGCCAAAGAGGUGCACAUCCGUGUGGCUUCACCUCCCAUAAGAUUUCCUUGUUACAUGGGAAUAAACAUUCCAACUAAAGAAGAACUCAUUGCUAACAGACCUGAAUUUCAUGAUCUUGCAAACUAUAUAGGAGCAGACAGCGUUGUCUACCUUUCUGUGGAGGGGCUGGUAUCAUCCGUGCAAGAAAGCAUCAAAGCGAGACAAGUGAAUGAAAACAGCCUUAAAAGCCAGAAGUCGCGUCUGGGGAAGAUUGGUCAUUGCACAGCCUGUCUCACCGGAGAGUACCCCGUGGAGCUCGAAUGGUGAAUUUUUAGUGGGUGGACAUCAGUUCAUCCCUUGUUGAAUGUACCUUUUUCAAAGGUGCCUUCUUGCUAAUAGUCUUCUUGCAUUUAGGUAGUAAGGAGAGCUUAUUACAGCUAACUAAUUUCUGGUACUAAAACACAUCUUUACAGUAAAGACUUAACAGAAAGUCUGAUGUGCUGAUGAAAACAAUAUAAGCAGAUUAAAAUACAAAAUCAGUUGUGCCUUCUAUUUUCUCAUAAAAUAUUAUAAAACCCAAAGUUUUUUUAAUUAUGUAACAGUCCCAGAGUUUUUUGUUUUGGUCUUGCCCUGAA